UUUAAAACAAAAAAUUUUCUAUAAAAAAAAAAAAAAAUGACUUUCGAAUAUUCUCAGGAACUUGCUAAUGAUUAUGAAAAAUUAUUUGAAGAAGAUGAAGAUUAUGAUGUUAUUAUUUAUGCUGGUGAAAAUAACAAAGUAAAAGAAAUACAUGCACAUUCAAAUAUUUUACGUUUCAGGUCUCUAUAUUUUAGUACGGCAUUUUCUAACGAAUUGACCAAGAAAAAGGAUGGAAAAUAUAUUUUUAAUUUUCCUAAAAUUUCUCCAAAAUUUUUUAAAAUUAUUUUAAGGUAAGGUUUAUUUAUUGUGGAAAGAUAGAUUUGGAGAAAUUACAAGGACCAGAUAUUCUAAAACUUUUGACGAUAGUGGAUGAACUUAAAAUCCAAAGACUAGUAAUUUGUAUUCAAGAAUAUUUGGUUGAACGUCAAUAUGAAUUUUUACAACAAAAUCCUAUAGAAAUUCUUGAAACAAUCUAUUUACAUGAAAAUUUCACAGAUUUAUGGAAUUA